CGCCCGUUCAAGUGCACCGACUGCUCAAAGACCUUCCUCCGCAAGCAGGACCUCAAGCGCCACGAAAUCAUCCACGAUCCGCGCUCGCCUGGUUACCGCUGCAACCACUGCGGCACUGGCUUUACCCGAAGCGAUGCCCUGUAUCGGCACAUCAAG